AUGAACUGGACUCCUCUCAGUUGUGUCAAACAGCAAAUUUUUGAAGCUGAGAACUUGUUUGACCUACUUCUAGAAACUUGCCUAAUGCAAACUUUCUUCCGUCUGUGCCCCUCCCCCCCCCCGAUAGACCUUCCCGAACACAAGUACUCUGACGGAAUGAUCGACACAGACUCUACCACGGUCGUGGUCGACAGCGUGGGCAUGGUCCUGGUUGCAGUCUACCAUGGCAUCAUCAUCAUCGUCCUGGUGAACAUGCUGAUCGCCAUGAUGAGUCAUUCGUUUGAGAGCAUUCAACCCGAUGCUCUGCCUGCUAAAGACUCUCAGGGCUUUGAGUUAAACAGGCUGCUUGACUGGAUUCAAAAGGUGUUUACGUUGGGCAGUGAAGGCAAUCCUGUCUCUGUUGCGGCUGCACGGCACCCCUCUAACGGACAGUUUAAGAGCAAUAGGGCGACCGGGAUCGGGGACCGAGAAUCGAUGGGCGCGCUGUAUCGUCUUGCGGCAACCUCUCCAAUUUGUCGGAGCCUCACCAGUGAUACAAAUGAUGACCAGGCCUCAGUCACCUAUGCUGUGGAUAUGGACGGCUUCCGCUCAGAAGCAAACAUACGCGCUUCUCAAGAGGAGGAGGAGGAGGAGAGGGAGAAGAAGGAAGAGGAGGAAGAGGAGGAGGAGGAGGAGGAGCGGAACGAAGACAAGGAAGAGGAAGAAGAAGCGAAUAAGAAGGAGGGGAAGCAGAAGAAGGGUCGGGAGGAAGGCAGAGAAUUGAGCGACUGCGACGUCGAGUGGAAAUUUGCCAGAACCAAACUCUGGCUCAAUUACAUCGACAACAGUUCCACCCUGCCUUCGCCCUUCAAUAUCCUGCCCACCGCUCACAGCCUUGUCAGGGGCAUGGACUUCAUCAAACGUUGCUUUGCAGACAGUAGCACCUUCAUCAGUGGGGAUGCCCGGAGCAUUCAGUUUAUCAAGGUAAGUCUUAAACACCCUCUUUUGCGUCGUCCUUACUCCCCGCCCUCGAGUCAUUUAACAUUUCUAUCCAUGUCUACUCGCACUCCGAAAUACCUGUCUUCAUUACUUCAUCGGCACCGAUGUAGACUGAUUGUAUGUAUGGCGAUGCACUCGGCGUGGCAACUGUGUCCAAACCUCUUCAGCCUGUUGAUUGCGUUUGUUUCGUCCAUAUCACGUCGGGUUCACCAUUUGGGAACUAUCGUAGGGGAACUUGCGAACGGCCAAGUAGGCAGUGGACGAAUCCAGUAG